AUGCAGAACGAACAGUUAAACGAAUUUACUCCAGCAGAGCAUAUUCAUCAGAUUCGCUCAUAUUUCGAUAUCAUAGACAAUGCAGUUCAAAUUGGUGACACUAAUAGAAAAUAUUCUGACGCAAAGAUUCCAUCACAACCUGGAACUGCUAAAGAUAACACAUGGGUAACAUUCAAUCUCUCACCUCCUGGUGAAAAUAUGUUGGACCUUUACAAUACAUUCAUUACGUAUAAAAUGGAAGGUCAAUUUAUUGUAGAUAAAGAAAUUGGUUCAGGUUCCAAUAAAACAAACCCACCAGGAUUUUGGAUUGGUUUCGAUGACGCUUUCUAUGCAGUUGCUGGAUAUCAAAUCCUUGCAAAUGGUCGUAUCGUAUAUUCUCAAGACAACGCAAGAGAAGAAGCAUAUAUAACUUCAAACUCACAAACUACCGAACAAAUAAAGAAAGUAGAUGUUUUCUCAAAGACUCGACAUGAAGAUGUAUGGAGUCAUUCGGGAACAUGCAGAACAGGACAAAUUGUUAGUGGUCCAAUUACAGCAGGAAAAUCAUUUGAUUUUAAGCUUCGUUUAAGAAUUCCUGUUAGAAGAUUCCUUCCAUUAGAAGCUAUUCGAUUUAUUCCAGCUUUUGCAGGAAACAUUCAGCUUAAAGUAA